UCGUCCUUCUUCUCGCACACGCGUGUGAUUACACAGAGUUUUCUCCCUUUCCUCCCGCGGAACAGCAUUUUUACUUACUUUUUAAUGAGCUUAAUCGUUUCACGGUCACGACAACGUCUCUAUCGUGUCAAAGAGAAACAACACGUUGAAUCGAGAAAGAAACUUCAUUAUCAUCGUCCUCGUCAUCAGCAUCGCCGAUCGAUUUCGACGAUAUCAAAUACAGGAUGACAUUGACGUGUUUGGAAAAAGCAUCGUUGGUCGUAUUAGCAGCGAUCGGACUGCGAUUUUUAUUACGAGUCAGCGUUCUCGUGUGGAAGAAACUAAUAGGACCGAGCUUCGGUUUUGGUAUCGACUUGAGGACGCAAGGUAAAUGGGCGGUGAUUACCGGCGCCACCAGUGGAAUUGGAAAAGCAUACGCGGAACAAUUAGCUGAAAAGGGUCUGAGUAUCGUGUUGGUUUCACGAAGUCAAGCGAAACUCGAGCAAGUCGCGGUUGAGAUCAAACAACGGUAUGGUGUGGAAGUUCGAAUCGUGGAAGCAGACUUGACCGAGGGACAGGCGGCUUACACGAGAAUCGCCAAAGCCACCGAAGAACUCGAGAUCGCCGUGGUGAUAAACAAUGCCGGGGCCAGUUACGACCAUCCAGAUCUGUUUAAUAACAUCUCGGAAGGAUGUCUAACGGAAAUAUUGCAGCUAAAUGUGGUGGCGGUAACGGGAGUCGCAAGAGCUCUUCUUCCGCAACUGUUCGAACGUAGAAAGGGCGUUUUGAUAAAUAUCAGUUCGGCGUUAGCGGUUAUGCCGUCUCCCUAUUUAUCCGUAUAUGCCGCUAGCAAAGCCUAUGUGCUCAAGCUCAGCUACGAUUUGGCCGCGGAAGCGGAACCACACGGCGUCACCGUUCAAUGCGUUACUCCCGGCCCAGUAGCCACCAAGAUGUCAAAGAUCAAGAAACCAACUUGGAUGGCACCAAAGCCAGAGGAAUUUGUAAAGGCUUCGUUAAAAACCGUCGGUCUGGAAUUGUGCACGACAGGUUAUCAGCCUCAUUACUUAUUAAUUGCUUUUGUACGCGGUUUACAAUGCAUCUGCGAGAAAGGUGCGCUCUGGUUAACUACCAAAAUCAUAUGUAACAUAAGAAAUCGUGCUCUGAAAAAAGACAAGAAGGGAACAACGGGCAGUGCUAAAGGCGCAGGUUCGAUCAGGGAGCACCAGUUACCCCUCGAUAAAUGAUACAUCACGCAACGCGAUAGACAUCGUUUGCUUUUAAACACGAUCAGCUUCGUCUAUACAUGUCUAUGCACGUAAUACGAAUAACGAAGAAAUCCAACACUUCUGCCACUUCAAUUUUGCCGCAUGGUAUGAAACGAAAUAUUAUAAAAUUCAAUUACUUUUUUAGAUUCAUUUCUAAGCUCUCUAAUUGUUUUUUGUUUUUUCUCUUUCUAAUUAAUUCUUGUACAUAUAUUAUUGUUCUAUAUUUAUAACUGUUGUACAAACGAAUAAAACGUCUGAUUGUU